AUGCUUGUUAAACAUUUAGGUAGUUGUCAUUGUGGUGCAGUUAAAUUUGAAGUUGAAGCACCAGCUGAUUUACGUGUAUUUCGUUGUAAUUGUUCUAUUUGUCAUAAAAAACAAAACCAUCAUUUUAUUGUACCAAAACGACAAUUUGUUUUAUUAACUGGUACUGAUUAUUUAACAACAUAUACAUUUAAUACUCAUUUAGCAAAACAUUUAUUUUGUCGUCAAUGUGGUGUACAAUGUUUUUAUUCACCACGUAGUAAUCCUGAUUGUUAUGGUGUUAUGCCACAUUGUAUUGAUUCACCAACAAUAACAUCUAUUGAAUAUGUUGAUUUUGAUGGUGAACAUUGGGAAGAAGCAAUGAAUAAAUGUGCUGAAAGUGGAAAUAAAAAUCCAUUUGAUAUUAAAUAG